UUACCAUGGCCCUGCUUACACACACAAACUGAAGCACACACACACACAUUUGUACAUACACUCAAGUGUGUUUGUGCAUAAACACAUUUGAGACACCGUGGAAGGAGAAUCAGCCGAGGACGGAGACAAGUUGAAUUCAUCUUCUGCAUGUUAGGCUGCUGCUGCUGCUGCUGCUGCUGCUGCUGCUGCUGCGUGUGUGUGGGUGUGUUAGUCCCCUUGGAUAAGCACACACUCGGCUGAGGAUGCAGCUGGGAGCAUGAGUUCUGACCGAGAGGAGUAUGACAUGGUCUGUCAGAAAGCUGUGACCCUAAUUGUUGACCUUUGCCUGCACAACAGCUCACUGUUGGACCAGGACACCUGUCAGGAUUACCUCUUCCUGUUGUCCACCCACAGCUCUGACCACAAAGAAUUGGACGCUUCUUUUGGCCUCCUGUUCGUUGUGUUUGUGGUCUGUGGCCUGGCUCUGCUGGGCCUCCUUACAUUCGUCUCCUGGAAGCUGUGCCGUGUGCCUUGGCGAGCUAAGGCCCGUUUCCCCAGCCCAUCCCUCACCGCGGCCUGUGACCCAGAGGACUGCCCACUCCAGUCGCCUCCCCUUCUGCCCAGCCCCCAGCAGCAGCCACCGGUCACCAUGGCGACAGAGAAGGUGAAGGACCCCAUGGGUUCGAUGGGUUUCCUGGAGGCGGCGGUGAAGAUAAGCCAUACAUCUCCCGACAUCCCCACCGAUGUGCAGCUCUCCAUGAGGGAGCACUUCCUGCGCCGCACACAGCGCAUGCAGAGGCAAACCACUGAGCCAACAUCCUCCACUCGGCACAAUUCAUUCAAAAGACACCUGCCCAGGCAGAUGCAGGUAGGCAGUCUCGAUCUGGGAAAUGACUACGUGGUGGACAAUGAUGAAAAGCCCACCGGCAUCGGCCGCAUCCAGCCAGAGCUCUACCAACAGAAGGCCCUGGAAUCAGAGGAUUCGUCCAAGAACGGCAGCAGCAAAAACUGUGGCAGGAUUAACUUCUCUCUCAAGUACGACUACGAAAACGAGGCCCUCAUUGUCAACAUUCUCAAGGCAGCAGAUCUACCAGCCAAGGACUUGUGCGGCACAUCUGACCCUUACGUGAAGGUCUACCUGCUGCCUGACCGCAAGAAGUUCCAGACUCGCGUCCACAGGAAGACCCUCAACCCCACAUUCAGUGAGAGCUUCCAGUUUCCUGUGCCUUACGAUGAGCUGGCAGUCAGGAAGCUCCAUAUGAGCGUCUUUGACUUUGACAGGUUUUCACGGCAUGACAUGAUCGGGGAGGUGGUGCUGGACAACUUGUUUGAGAUGUCGGACCUCUCCAGGGAGACCAACAUAUGGAGGGACAUCCAAUAUGCCACCAGUGAAAGUGUUGACCUUGGAGAGAUCAUGUUCUCACUAUGCUACCUGCCCACCGCAGGCAGACUCACACUUACUGUCAUCAAGUGCAGGAACCUCAAGGCCAUGGACAUCACUGGAUACUCAGAUCCCUACGUCAAAGUGUCGCUCAUAUGUGACGGGAGGCGUUUGAAAAAGAAGAAGACGAGCAUAAAGAAGAACACUCUGAAUCCCACCUACAACGAGGCCAUCAUCUUUGACAUCCCACCAGACAGCAUGGACCACGUCAGCCUGCACAUCUCUGUCAUGGAUUACGACUUGGUAGGUCAUAAUGAGAUCAUUGGUGUGAUGAGGGUUGGAUGCCAUGCCGAGGGACUUGGCAGGGACCACUGGAACGAGAUGCUGGCUUAUCCACGCAAGCCCAUUGCACACUGGCACCCCCUGCUGGAGUCCAAGAAGUCUGAGAAGGAGUGGAAGGCGAGGACAGCCAGCUUUGACAGCCAAGGCUCCUGCCCCUCACCCCGGCCCCCUGCUAGUCCCUGAGCAGAGCCACCUGUGACCCAGCAGCCCAGAAGGGGGUUUCCUCCCUCCUGCUGAUCCACUUCCUGUCUGUCUGAUUGAGGAGAAACACAACCCCACUGUCUCUCCCUCCCUCUCUCACUGUCCCUCCCUUCCUCAAGUCUGGUCCCAGAGCACUCCAAAGAACUGAUCUAGGACCACCGUUAAGUCGGUUAGUUGUGUGAAGUGCAGUCUUUUCGGGUUUUAGGGUUUGAAGUGUGGGUGUUGUGAUGACCCAGAGCUGCCCUGGUUGUCCUCAGAGGAGACUGCCUGGACAUCCGGUGUGCAGACAUUUAAUACGGAGCUGUCCGAGCCGAGGUGGACGGAUCUCAGUGUCCUCACGUGGACACUUUCCAGACGCUGAAGAUUCAGCUUUGUGCUGCAGAGACUCUUUGAUGGAGAGCAGCGGAAGUUUCACAGAGUGGUGCUGAGGACUCGGCCGCGGUAUAAAAGAGGCUUUAACUGGAUCUGAAGCGAUUUCAAAAACUCUCCGGCUCUCUCUCGUUGAAUUUUAAAGUGCUGUAUUAGCAUAAAAACCAGACUGAACUGUAGCAUUUUGGAACUAUUAGAUGUUAAACUGCUCCAUUCGUCGUUAUUGUUUGUGAAUAGCAAAACAAAUGAAUUUCAAAGCUCCAGCUGAGUUCACUGUACUUCAAGUUUCAUCAGUAACAUAAGCAAUUAUCUGAUCUGUAGCGGGUUGAAGGGAAAAUAUUCUCAACCUGGCAAUUUGCAGUUUUAGUGUGUUUUCACAAGCAGCCGAGACGAGACGUUUUAUGUAAUGAAGACGAAGCAACAACAGGAUUAUUGGUUUUCACAUGAGAGCAAACUGUGUCGAUAGUGAUUUCAAUUCUAUAACAAAUUUUUAAUUUUCGAUACAAGUAUGAGGUUAAAUUACCUGACAAAGGCACAAAUGUCUCAUUAAACACAACAAUGACUCAGACAGAUUCUACAGUUCUGAUAAACAUUUUGUCGAUGGCGCUCUGAAGGUGGUUUCUGCAAACAGGGAAACUGCGAGCACACUUUACACUUCCUUACCUCCGUCUCUGGUGUUUGCUUUUGAGCAGCUCUCACCCUUUUCUUCCAAAUGAAACUCACACAAACGCUCAUGUUUUCCUGUUCGAAGCACUUCGUUGUCUCCUCUUGUUCUUUUUCUGAACAGGUUUCGGUGGAUGUGUAUAGUUUCAUGUACAGCCAUCUGUAUGUUUCAUUCUUUUUAAAGCCAGAAAAGAUACGAUAGGUUUAAAGAAAAAAAAAAAAAACUGACAUUUUGAAUAUAUGUAGCUUCUUUGUGGUGACGAUUGAGAAAAAGGUGAACAUAUUUGUCUCUUGAACUUAGAAACAUGCAACUUUCUUGAUGUUUAUCCUUUCAUUAAUCAUAAUGUUAUACAGGGAGAGCGGGUUGAACUUGCCAGCGAGAUGCUUGAUCUGCAACGUGUGGUAAAUGGAUUAUUUUUUGAAGAUAUUUGAUGUGAUUAUAAGAAAAAGACUGCGGCACUGCUGUUUUAUCAGUUUUCUUCUCAUCAGGAUACUUUCCUUCAACGGUUCCCUGCAUUUAAUGUGCUUUAAUUUUGCUAACUCAAAGUUUUAGUCAGAUAAAAGAUGCACAAAAUUUCAAUUAAGGCCUGAUUCUUUAAUUAUUCAGGUGAAAAACAGCGAAGCAUUAAUAGUGUUUAAUUAAAAAUAUUGCAUAAUGGGAGUUAUAUCUUCGUGAUGAGAAUAAAACUAAAUCAAAAAAUAAUUUGGUUUAUACAUAAUUUUCCUCCAGUUUAAGCUUCCAGUGGUCGUAGUAAUUUUGUUUCCGAGCACUGAGAUGUGUGUGCAUACAGGGGUAGAGGACAAUGCACAUACGGCAUACAUGAUGUACGAAAAAUGUCCCAAGACAGAAACCUUUUUUCAGCUCACAGUGUUUAAACAUAAUUAGUUCAGGUCAGAGUUCAUACCACCAAUACGACCACAUAGGUCGUUUGUUCCAACCCAUGAAUACGACGACCCACCGAAGUGUUUCCUGAAUUAGCACCCCUACUGGUCGAUGACAGAAUAGCUUGUAUAUGACCCCUCACAGUCGAAGUUUUUAAUUGAAACGGCACCAAAACUACAUGGUCAGGUUUAGGAAAAAAGAUCAUGGCUGAAAGGAAGUAUGUGUGUUUGUAAAUUAAUGUAACGUGACAGACGUCAACAUUAUACAUUAUUAAAAUUAUUAUAAACUGACAUUUGUUUCACACUGGACACAAACACAGGUCUUGUGGAUGAACGUCCUGUGUUUGUUUGAUCCAUCUACCUCCUCUGCCUCCUUUCCUCCCACCAUAAGCGCCACGUCACCUGACUUCCUCCAUUGCAACUGUCGUAAUAACUACAGUUACUAGAAGUUGCCGCCUAACAGUUAACGAAAAUAUGUGUAGUAACCACUGCUUGUACAAACGACCAAUGUGAUUGUAUUGGUCCUCCAACUAAUAAAAUCACAAGGUCGUUGGUUCCUUCCUCUGAAUAUAACCCACAGAAGUGUUUCAAAACUAGCACCCUUACCAGUGGAUGACAGAUUAUCUCUGAUAUGACCACUCACAGUCGAAGUUUUAAAUGAAUGGGUGACAUUAAGUGGUCAUAGCUGCACCAAAACUACAUGGUUACGUCUAGAAAAAAAGAUCAUGGCUUAAAAUAACUAUGUUUGCUACUAACUUACAAUUAACACAAAUAUGUGUAGUAACUGCUGCUUGUACAAACGACCCUAUAUGGUUGUAUUUUAGAGGAUAGUAUCGUAUUUUAAUAAGAUCUCUUAUAGUUUUGCACAGGAUGAAGAAACGAAGCUGGUUUUAAUGUAAGACAGUUCACACUGUUACUAGUCUGGUUUCUAUCCAAUUGUAGUGCAAAUUCUGACAAAGCUGGAAAAUGAAAACACAAAAUAAUGCUCGUAUCCAUCCACUACUGUAAUGCAAAUGUUAGAAGUUGGUUCAUUGAAAUAAACAGUUGGUGGCACUGAUUGCCGAAGAGGAAGAUGCGAACAGAUAAUAUAAUUAAAAGAGCGUCAGUCAAACCUCAAGCGGUGGAAAACCAAAUAGAAAACAUGAUGGUAAUUACUCCACACAGAUCUGAUGUUUCAUCUGCCCCAAUUUCACAAAGUCACCUGCUUCAUAUGGUCAUAAUUAAUUCAUUAAGUCAACCCUGUGUCACUCCCAACUUGUCAAAUACUCGCUGCACACCCCUUAGCAGCGGUAUGAGACACACAAGGCCACAGUGUUUUCUGAAGCUUUAAGCAACUGCUUUAGUAUGAAACUCCGGACUUUCACUCAGGAGACCGCUGUUGGUGUCCCGUUUGAAACCAAAAGCCAUGUAUUUUAUCAUUUUCUGUAACAGCUUAUCCUGAUGGGGGUUAUGGGGGGGCUGGAGCCUAUCCCAGCUGUCAUUGGGUAAGAGGCAGGGUACACCCUGGACAGGUCACCAGACUAUCACAGGGCUGACACAUAGAGACAGACAACCAUUCACACUCACAUUCACACCUACGGACAAUUUAGAGUCACCAAUUAACCUGCAUGUCUUUGGACUGUGGGAGGAAGCUGGAGUACCUGGAGAAAACCCACGCUAACACGGGGAGAACAUGCAAACUCCGCACAGAAGGGCUCCACCACGCAGGGGUUCGAAUGCCUCUUGCUGUGAAGCGACAAUGCUAGCCAAUGCACCACUGUGCCGUCAUGUUCUGCUUGAAACCAAAAGCCAGUCGAGUUAUUUUAAUAACAACAUAGUAUGCUAAUAUGUGUAGCACACUAUGCUAGUGACAUGUGUCAUGUGAUGUUUCGUUAGAAACAAAUGUGCUUACUUUAAGUCGAACCAUGAUGUUUUUUUCCAAACUCAUCUGUAUAUUUUUGUUGCCUUAAUCUAGGUCGCAAAUUUAGAACAAAGUUUUUUUUUUACCUACGUUGUCAGUUUAUCUUGAAAAACUGUGGAAACUUGACACACCAUUCUUGCGAUCUAAAAACUGCCUAGAGCAUCAUAGUUUGACAUGUAGGGCCACUGACCAAGCGUUGGUGUUUGUUGAGUUGAGAGUGAGUGUUGAUUAAAUCUAAGUCUAUUGUCACAUUUUGCUUCAAAGGAAACACCAACUUUCCCCACCAAUUACAGUUUUUCACUGCAGUGCAAAAGCCAUGUUAGAGCCGACGGUCAGUGUGCGUAAAACAAAUACGAAUUCUGGAAAUUUAAGAUGCCACAUACAAAAUACACAUAAAAACUGCAAGUUUCUUUAUUUCUAAACAAUGGAAAUAUAUAAGCCAUAUAUAUAUAAGCCACUGUGACUUUGGUGCAUUGAGUUGUCAACCCUCCUGCUGCACACACAUCCUCAGUUUACUGUAAGAGGGAAACCGGUCUAUAGCUUUUCAUUAAAAACAGUGAUUAAUGCAGGUCUCUGUGAUGAGAAUAAAUCCUGAUAAUUCGAUUUCUAUUAACAUUGACUUCAAGUUUCAGGUUUGCCCUUCAGCAGUAAUAGUUUUGUUUUGCUAUAAUGGACAGGCACAGAUACCAUCAGUACAUUCAGGCUGGGAAAUGUUGAGUUACAGAGUCAGAGUGAUACAGGCAGGAAGCAUUCACAGAUUAUAUUUGGUACGGCUUGUACAGAUCAUGUCUUUUUGAUAUGAGGACAAUUUACUGAAUAGCAUCCGCAUUAUCUCGACAGACACUUAAAUCUGAUAUGUAACAAUGUUCUUGGCCGUGGCUUCCACUGGUCUAGACUGCUGGUGCCUGAUUCAGCAGCAGAGGACGAGUGAUACUACGGCUCAAACUACUGUACAGUGAAUAAGCCAUAUAUCACAGAGCUUGUGAAAUCGGUGGGCAGACAUCAAGACGCGAGCAGAUGCGUUCAGCAGACCCAGACAGAUCUGUUUUAGCCAUUUCCUUCAUGUGUAAGUUAGGGUCUGAGCUGUUUAGUAGCCCAGUGUGUGUCUGGGAGGCUGAGACAGCGGCGCGGGGGCAGCUGAUGGGUGGAUGGGUCAGCAUCUACAGAGCAGUGGCAUUUCUCUAAUUGGCACUUGUUACAGCGAGAAGGAGUCAGUGCAUUAUUGUUCGUGCUUGACGUAAUCCACCAUCACAUCAACACCCCUCCACAAAUGUUUGAAAUUUUCACACAGUUGUUUUGAUGGUAAAAUUCCUCUAUAAUGGCAUUAUUCAUAGAUUUAUAUUAUCUUCUUUUAGUGUUGAAACAAGUGGUUGAGUAAUAAUUUUGUUUUUAAAACCUGUGCUUUACGAUGGUCAUAUAUUUCUCUGACAGUGUGGUGUGUUUUCAUAGUAGAAGAAACCUGUUAAAUCACUUGCCUCACUUUAUGGACUGUUUGGAGACCUUCUAGCUUUGCCUAAUAUUGUAACGUUUCUUGAUAUGAUCUUGUAUCCCUUCCAACUGUUAUGAUAGCACUGAAUUUCCAAUUUUUUAUUGAACAUUUUGUAUUUGUAAUAAUAGAAAUGUUUGAGAAAAUGUGCAGGUGAUUGAUAUCAACAGUUAGUCGAGACAAACGUCUACUCUGAGUUCCUAGAUCAUUAUCGAGACUCACCAUACGAGUGACCCAGUGUGUAAUAAAGUAAACUGAAAUAUCUUACAUCGUUUCAGCCACAAAUUGUCAUUCUUUUGUUCCGACACGUCUGAAAAUCAGCAGCAGAAAAAGAGUGUUGUUUUUUUCCCCUGUGUUAUCAGUUCUGUGAGAUGAUUUUCUUUUCUUUGAUUAAAAGACUUUAUGCAAAAAAUGGGCGCCGCGCUGUGAGUUUUGUGGCAAUAAAACACAGCAUAUAAUGAUGACGCAGCCGGCGGUUUAACAAGCAGGAACGGGCACAAAGGAAAUGAGAUUUCGUCUGAAUCUAAUGGUCAAAUUAAACUUAGAGGAGGACACAGAACACCACAUAGCAAGUACGACUUGACAGCCUCUAAUAAACCGAGUGGCAUUUUCAUGUUUGUUUUGGUAUUUUACACACAAAAGAAAAAGGUCAAAUUAAUAAAUAGCAGUGCAAAGGCUAAUUUGUGUGAUUUUAUGGCCGAUCUUUAUUAAAGGUCCAGUGUGUAGAAAUCAGGAGGAUAUUUUGGCAGAAAUGGAAUAUAAUAUUAGGUUUUCUUCAGUGUAUAAACAUCUGAAAAUAAUAAUAGACUGGCAUGUUGCACUGCCAUAUUUCUACAGUAGCCCAGAACGGACAAACUAAACACUGGCUCUAGAUAGGGCUGUUCACGUUUUUGUGUUGGCCACCAUAGUUAGCAGCCCCUACACAACAAGUAGUGUCAGCAAAACACAGAUUUUUUUGAUCGUGCAACUUCUUUAUUCAGUGUUUUACCAGUUUAAAUCACCUGGUUCAUUUGUUUUUGAGAGGAAAAGACCUCUGCGGAUAA